UUCACGGAGCACACAAAGGAUCCUCUGCAGACAAAAAAAUGGCUUCUAUGGCGGCUGCAAUAGCCGCGGCUCGGACUGCCGUGUCAGGUAACCGACCCCUGGACGAGAAGGAGAGGAAUCGGUUUGCAUAUUUCUCUUCCCUCAACUCCAUGGCCAAAAAGAUCAUGCAGGAUAAGGAACGGAUCCGCCAGCGCUAUGGAACCCAAUGGGAGAAGAUGCCGCCCAAAGAGCAGGACGAAGCCAUAGACAAGAGUAUGGUGGACCCAGAGCUCCAGAAGAGAUAUGCCCUGCACAGAGGAGACGCUGACACCCAGCCAGACCCCUGCUACCCGGUGCUCAAGACACAGCCAGGCCAGAAGGUGGUGCACUUCGGAGAGGAGGACAUAACAUGGCAAGAUGAACACUCUGCACCAUUUUCUUGGGAAACUCGA